UUGCGGCUCGUGGAUCUCCUCAUGCAGCUUCUCCGGCUGGUCUGGGCUCUGGCUGCCGCUGCGGUCUGCUUCCUGCUGCUGCUGAUCCUCCACAGCCAGCUCCUCCGAGAAGGUCAGCUGGCAGCGGGGACGUGUGAAAUCGUCACCCUGGACCGGGACAGCAGCCAGCCGAGGAGGACUAUCGCCCGACAGACGGCCCGCUGCGCCUGCAGGAAGGGACAGAUCGCUGGGACGACAAGAGCCAGACCGGCCUGCGUAGACGUUCGCAUCGUGUGGAGUCGACAGUGGUGUGAGAUGACUCCAUGUUUGGACGAUGAAGGCUGUGAUCUCCUGGUCAAUCAGUCGGGCUGGACCUGCACGCAACCAGGGGGGCGGGUCAAGACCACCACGGUCUCCUGACAGCGGCGGCAGGAACAGACACUCCCCAGAGACAGACUAGGUCCCAUCGUCCAUCGCCCAUCAUCGACAAGCGGAGCAUUCUCCGCCGCAGCAUCAGCCGCUAUCAGAGCCGCGGGGCGAGACGACAACACUCCCUGCUUCACGCAUGGCGGGUGACCUGUGGAGGCUGCAGCCUGGAGAAGAAGAAGAAAAAGUGACUCCUUGUGUUUUCUGGACAAGCUGCCGGAUCGAUGGCUUUUGUUUGGCACUAAACUCUGUUUACAGACCAAAGAUGAACAGAGCCGACGAAGAGACGUUUUCAGAGGGGCAGAGACUUUGAGAAGCUCCCCUCUUCACCACCCUAAAGAAACAUGUAAAGAAACAAACACAUUGUGAUAUUAAACAGUAAGUGACUUAAAGCGAGCAACGUAAAAAUGUACAUGAGUUAAAGAUCAAACAUAUAUCUGUCUGAGGAGGGAUGGUUUGUGUUUCUGUGUGGACGAUCAGCUCAUCACACGCUGGGCGUCAGUCGAGUGGAGAAAGUGAGAAAUCAUUUCAGACGUUUUUAUGAUGAGAACAUAAAACUUUGUGCACCGUCAGAGACACUAGAGAUGUAAUUUAAAGGUGGAAGGCAGCCUGGGAAAGAGCAGGAAAAACAUCUAACAUGGCAAAAAGUGAAUGUACAUUUUUAGAAAAACAAACAGAAAUGAAAUAUUUAUACAGUGUGUAGAUAAAAGACAGACAGUAAAUACACUUCAGAGAGUAGGACGCUUCAGAAACUCUAUACUGAUCCUGUUUGGACUCAGUUUGAUGUUUUAUGUAUGAAAUCCAGAGCUUGGAACACAUCAUUAAUACAUUUAUUAUUAAUAACUGACGUUACACUUUGGAUCGAUUUUUAAUGUGGAUGCUGAUUUGAAAAACGAGGAUCAAAACCUGCAAAUUCAAGGGCUUCAGUUCCCAUUGCUGCUAUUUUCAAAAGCUUACAGCCUCCUGGAUGUUAGAGAGUUUAUUGAAUACCAAGCUGAAAUGCUCCGGGUACUUUUAUUGUGAAAUGCUGCUUCACCUGCGUGAAGUUUUACCUGCAGAUCUGCUAGAGUUUCUAUUGCCUGUAGAUCUGAAAAGCAUCAGUGGAUCUUUUGGGAUGCAAUGUGUGUGGAUGAACCUCCCGAGACCUGAGCUUCUGUUUCUAAUGCAUUUCUAGUUGUUAAGGUUAAGUAAGACUUGAUUUUUUUUAAAAGUUAGUCUUUCCAAAAUCCACACAAAUUCUUCAAAUUUUUUAAAAUCCAUGAAAAUGAAAGAAAUAUCCAAACAAAUUCUCUAAAAUUUCCCGAUCCUGAUCAUACAGCCCCCCCCCCACAAAAAAAAUGUAAAUUUCCCCAUAACUUCCAUUAAACCUCUUAA